UAUUACCGGACCAAGCUGCGGGGCCUCCACACUACGGCCAAGGCCGACGCGGAGGCCGAGUGCAACAUUCUCCGCAAGGCGCUGGAUAAAAUUGCCGAGAUCAAGUCCCUACUCGAGGAGCGCCGCAUCGCGGCCAAAAUCGCGGGGAUUUACAGCGAAGCGGAGCCGCCCCGCAAGACGAUGCGGCGGGGGGGGGUGCCUGGAGACAAGGUCGCGGCGAGGGUGAAGGCGCUGGAGGGCGACGAGCAGUGGAUCCUCGCCGAGGUCGUCAGCUACAGCCACGCCGCCAACAA